AUGUCCCCGAAAUCGCUUCCAGACCCUAUAGAGGAAAUGCCUAUGGGGGAUAUCCCAUCUACGGACAUGCAGCCCGGUGCAGACACGGAGGACUGCUCUGCCACUACAGGCGCUGAACUGGAUGCGCCAGGUGCGCAGGCACAGAGUGGUGAGUCAAAAGUGAGUAACCUCGAUCUGUCUACAUCCAAGGAUCAGGAGGAGGAACAUGAUGCGAUUGAUAUCGCGGACAGCUCGCCGUCGGACUCCGAUGCGCAGCCACCGAGAACUCAAGAUGCAGCAGAGAGCGACGAGUCUGAAACUCGGAAGCGCGCUGCACCCACGAGCCUUGAUAGCGCGGAGCAGGAUAAGCGUGCACGGCAUGAUUCAAGCGUGCUUCGAGAGGAGGGAGAGCAGCAGUCCGCGGAGAGUAUGGACGAUAGCACCUUCCGUCGCACACACACGUUGUGGGGCGAAAGCACAAAGACGCUGGACGUGUACGUUUGGGACUAUUUGCGGAGACGCAGUUUUGCACGUACUGCGGAUACGUUCGUCGAGGAGUGCAAGCUGCCCGCAAACCCCGCUGUGCCAUUAGAAACACCUCUAGGCCUUUUGUACGAGUACUGGUCCGUGUUUUGGGACAUUUUCUCCGCUAAGGUUGGACGCGCUGGGAAAGAAGCCGCUGCAUACAAUGAAUUUCUUGCGUACCGGCAUAACCAGAAAUUUACGGAAGCAAAGCGCGCGAAUGCGAUGCGGGAAUCGAGCCUCUUUGCAAGCAGCAGCAGCAAUUUGUCCGCCACGGAUAGCAUGAUCCCUGGAAUUACACAGGAUCCGCUUGCGCUGAACAUGACAGUGCCGCCAAUGGUACCCCAGCAGCAGCAGUCGCCCCUGAUGCCCGAACAAGAAAUGAAUGUGCCCUUUGCCGCAGCACAGCCUUCCGCUCCGCCCAAGGCGCCAGAGGGCCAGAAACAGCAGCCCAGCACGCAGGCGCCGCAGGAUACGUCAAAACUCAUGCAGCAUACGUCUGGAAAUCCAGCGUCGAUGCCGAUGCAGGCUAAGCAGUCGCAGAUGAUGAUGCCGCAGCAAGUGCAGCCCGGCCAGUCGGCGCUCCAAGGUACCCAGCUCCAGCAGCUCCAGCUCCAGCAGGCAAUGGCGCGCGCGCAAACAGGCCAGGGGUGGAUGCCUGCGACGCUCACGCUGCAGCAGCAGCAAAACCUGCUUGUCUCUGCUGCGCUGCGCCAAGGCAUUCCGCUCGAAGAGCUGAAAAACAUGACGCCGGCCGCGCGCCUUGCGCUGUUCAGCAGCAUCGUACCGAAUGCAGGCAACCUUGCCGCGCAACAAGCGAACCGCCAAAUGGAUCCCCAGCUCCAGACGCGGCUUUUCUUGCAGCAACAACAACAACAACAACAACAACAACAACAACAACAACAACAACAACAGCAACAGCAACAGCAACAGCAACAGCAACAGCAGCCCAAGGCACAACCAAUGUCGCCUGCGGUGCCUGCUCUUUAUGGCAGGCCACCGCAACGGCCGGGCCAAAUGGGUCUCAAUAAAGAAGAGGAAACUGCACAGAGCCCAAUUUUGCAUGACGCGCCCCAGCCGAAUGCAAAUGGCAUGGGCGCGCCGCCGAUGGCACCGUUUGUGCGCUCCGAGCAGCCUGCCCAGAAUGCACAGGGGCAGGGCCUUCCGCCGGGCCAAAUGGGCCUCAGCAAGGAAGAGGAUACUGCACAGAAUCCAAUUCCGCAGCAAGCACAUAAUGCACAAGGGCAGGGUCUCGCGUCGCAGCAGCGGCAGAUGCUCGUGAUGCAGUACCAGGCGCUGCAGAACGCGGUGAAAAACGAAUGGAUCAAGGCGCAGAGCGCCCCUGUGCCUGCCAUGUCGCAGCAGUUCCUUGCCACCGCACAGCAGCUGCAGGCCAAGGCACAGUCCAUCGUCGCCCUCCUCCAGAGCGACUCGUCCAACUUUUCCAGUGACGCACAAGGACAAGCGCUGAAUCCCAUGUUCCGGUUUCAGCUCCAGCAAGCCCAGCGGGCAAAUGGGGCGGGAAUGAUGCAAACGCCGAACCAUGCUUCUGGGAUGAUGGGCCAGCCCGUCCAGCAGCAGCAGGCGCAAGCCAACACGGGCGGCGUGCUCAAUGCACAAGGUGUGCAGACAAUGGGCACCAAUGUCCGUCCAACCACGUUCAACGGCAUGGAUUUUUCAAACGGCACCACAUUCGCGCCGGGCACCACGCCCUACUUUCCGCGGCAAAUGGCGCUGAAUAACCCCAAUGCCGCGAUGGCAUUCCAGCAGCAGCAGCGCCGUGUCAACAUGGGCCUUGCACAGCGACAAGCCCGCGCCCAGGCGGCGAAUCGGGCACAGACAAUGGGCACAGACAUGCCUGGGGAGCUUGCCAUGGGCGGUGUCGUGGUGAACAAUGCAGGCAGUCGUGGCAGCGCCACGGCGCCAUCGACGCCCGUGCCUAUGCACGCCUCGCCUGGAAAUGUGCCGCGGCGCAUCCCGCAGCGCGGCCCGACUCAAGCCAACAAGCCAGCCACGCAGUUUGUGCAAGGAAGCGAGCAAAGCAUGCCUGUGAGCCCGUGGCAGUCGAAUUCAGUCCCUCGUGGAGCUGCUUCGCCAUCAGGCAGCGCAGGCAAGCGGGAAAAGAACAAGCGUCGCGCGCAAAACAAGACGCCUGUGAUGUCGAGUAGCGCGCCUGCCCAAAAUUUGGCCGAAAGCCAAGUAGAGGGGGGCAAGCCGGAGGAGUGGCACGAAAGCAAGAGCGAUAGCGGUGUGCCAGCGAUGCAGACGCUUGCAGAGCUGAACAAGAAUGCAUCGCAAACGCUGUUUGGUAUGCAGACGCAGCUCCUUGGUGCGCCGCAGGCCACACUGGGAAUGCCCUCGUCGAUGGACGACUUGGCGAACGGGAUGGAUGCCUUCAUGUCAACCGAUCUCAGCAACCCGAGCACACUUGGAAUCAACGGUGCGAUGGGCGGUAUGGGCACGGACGAUUUUUCAGGCAUGUUUGGCGUGUCGGAUAUCUUUGACUUUGACUUUGAUGGCGGUGCGGAAGGCAAUGUUCCUGGUGCAGUAAUGGGCAAUGCAAACUCGAUGAAUGCGGGUGGUAUCGCCAAGGACGAUAAGAACGCACUCGAUGCUGGGUCGCGCUCGGACGUCAAGGCGUCCUGA